UUAAUUUAUAAAAAGUGUUUGCCUCAUAAAGUGAUGAUGAGUCUAACUGCAAUACAAGAUAUGGAUCACUUGAAAGAGUUGGUUGAGAAAAGAGGCAUGCUGCCCAUACUUGGUACUCAGAUAUCAAGCUUUCAUUUUCAAUUUUUUGAUGACAAGUCUGAUGAUAAGGACUGCUUCUUAAAGGUCCACAAUUUCCCCUCAAACACAAUUGAUGGCUGGAGAAUAAAACCAUACAAUACUUCUGCAAUAAGUAGAAGUCUUGUUGUUCGUUACAGCAGUAAAAGUGCUGAGCCUCCAUACAUUCAAGUAUCAGUGGAACCUGAUGAAACUGGUGCUACUAACAAGAUAUCCCAUGCUUUAUCUAUUGAUGGUAUACAAACAUCAUCUGAUGCAUCUACUGUUCCUUGGAAUAUUGAAGUAUCUAAGAAUGAUUUAUUAUCAACCACUCCUUCAUCAAUUGGUCCAUCAGAUGUUGCUGCCUUAUCAACUGAGAGAGUAAGGGCAGAAGAUACUGGCAUAAAGUCUAUCACUGACAGCUUAAUAGCAGUUUUAAGAAAUAGACAAGUUGUCCUUAGCAAAGUAUUUGAAGAUUCUCUUCCUGACAUUGCCUUAGGAUUGAGUGCAGCUAAUAUCAUCACUCACUCAGUUAGGAAGAAUCCUUCAUAUGACUCCAUUAUUAGGAAUUUCAUUACUGGACUAGAAAUGAAAUCCAGCAUUGCUGAGCUUGAAGUACACUGUAUGGAUUUUCUUGAAGCUCUUUCAAACAUUGGAGGUCCAGUGACUGGAGCUGCUGACAUGUUGAGGAGGAAAUGGAUGGAGGAGACAAAUUUACAACUUGGCACUAAAAAAGUCAAAUUAUCUUAAGACACUGUAUUUUAUUAUUAUUAUUAUUA